UAGGGGGAUUUAUCGGUUUUGAAUUUCAGAGGGAGAGAAAGAAGAGAGGAGAGCGAUUGUUAGGUCGUGGCGAAGGCGCCGUGAAGCUGCUCGCGCGCGACGAGGAGGACGACGACGGAGUAGUUUGCCCUAAUAUCUUGGAGAAUGAGGGGGCGCUGGAUCCGUGAAAGCGCCAUGGCUAUGGUCGUCGCCGCGCGACGGAUCAACAAAGGCUGCCGCUAACGCGCUCUGAGGUAUGGCCGGACGAAAAUGCAGUUCCCCCAUUCCUUGCCGCCGCCCCUUGCUUUGUUUUCUUGUGGCUUGGCCCUUUGCCCGUCCAAAGUCCGAGAAGGAAUAGUGGCGCUCCUCCCCAUUUUGGUUUGGAGAGAUUUUUAGCAGUCUAGCGUCCUUGUUAGGGAGUCGAGCCCUUUUUUUCUUUUCUUCCUUUGUGCAGUUCCUCUUUUUUGUUGUUGCGUUGGGCAUAAAUUUGCCUUCGUUCGUCCGGCACCUCGCUCAUGCGGUCCAUGUGUUCACGCUGUUUGGGCUUGUUCCACUUGCUCACACGAAAGCAUUUUCAUAGCACUUUCAUGAAUGCCUUGUCGGCACGUUGCCAUUCCGGUUGACUUUGGUGCUUGCAAGUUCGUGUCAAAGAGCGCGCAAUUGCUGGAGGAGUCGUUCUAGAAGUUGGGAUCUCUGACUCGUUAUUUUCCUUUGAAGCGGCCCGUGCCCCUUUCCUCUCUCGUUUUAAGGCUUUACCUUGACAGUAAAGAGGAGGAAGUUUUGCUCGUGGGAGGUUGAGUUAUGGGGCCGGAUUUCCUUGUGCACGUAUGGAAGAGUGCGAGGAAAUGCUGGAGUGGAAGAUCUAAGCGCGGUGGGGAUGCGGAAGAUCUACUGGCGAUUGCUGAUGGAGACGAACAUGAAGUCCACUGCAACAAUCCGCCACUCAAUGCCCCUUUCAGGUAUCCAAACAAUAGAACCUGGACUACAAAGUAUACAUGGUACAGUUUCGUACCGAGAUCUUUGUUUGAGCAGUAUCGGCGAGCAGCUUAUUGGUACUUCACGGCUAUGGCGGGGCUGUCGCUAACGCCCUUCAGUCCAUACCGACCGGUCAGCGUUAUUUUGCCCCUUCUCUUCGUCAUUGCCCUCGGCAUGGCGAGAGAGCUCUGGGAGGAUGUUCGUCGAGCACGAGGGGAUCGUGAGAUUAAUUCCAGGCCCGUGACAUGUUGCACGAGAGGCACGGCACAAGUGAAGCUGUGGAGGGAGCUUCUGGUCGGAGAUGUGGUCAAAGUCAAGGACAAGGAGUUCUUCCCGGCAGAUCUACUGCUUCUGCAAUCCAGCAAUUCCGAUGGAGUGUGCUACGUAGAGACGAAGAACCUCGACGGGGAGACUAACUUAAAGGUCCGACAAGCGUCGCAAAGUACAAGUCAUUUGGUUAGCGAUGAAAGCUUCAAGGACUUUGAUGCGGUUCUGAAGUGCGAGCCUCCCAACGCUUCGCUUUAUACGUUCAGCGGCAGGCUGGAGUUUCCGGAUGGCCAGGUUUCUCCCAUGGGACCGCCGCAGGUGCUUCUCAGGGACUCCUGCCUCCAAAACACGGAUUACGUAUACGGGGUGGUGAUUUACGCGGGACGGGACACGAAAGUCAUGAGAAACGCCAUCAAUCCACCGUCGAAACGCAGCCGCAUGGACCAGAAGCUGGAUCACAUCAUGUGGGUUAUGUUUGGGAUACUCUUCGUCAUGAGCUUGGCAACGGGUCUAGCAGGUGGCCUCUUGACGAGGUUCCGACUGUCGAGGCUGUUCUACUUCAGGCCUUUCGAGGACAAUCCUUAUUACAAUCCCAGGAGAGCAGCCAUCGCUGGUAUCAUCGCGUUUGUAAACGGCCUGGUGUUAUAUGGCUACCUUAUCCCGAUCUCUCUCUACGUCACGCUGGAGAUUGUCCGAGUGAUCCAAGCCUUGUUUAUUGGCCAGGACCUGGGCAUGUACGACGAGGAGACUGACCGGCCUGCGAAAGUGAAGUCUUCCGGGUUGAACGAAGAACUUGGACAAGUGGAUACCAUCCUGUCCGACAAGACUGGAACGCUCACUGCCAACCAGAUGGAUUUUUGCAAGUGUACCAUCGAUGGAACUUCAUAUGGGACGGGAUCUACAGACGUUGAAAGAGCGUCCAAGAGGCUGGGAAUACCUUUCCUGGAGGCUCACGCCGAGGAUGCUGACACCAGUGAUCCGGUUGUGAAGGGGUUCAAUUUCCAGGACGACCGGUUGAUGGAUGGGAAGUGGCUGAAACAGGAGAAUGCCGACAGGAUUAAGCUUUUCUUCCAGACGCUCGCUCUCUGCCACACAGCGCUACCCGAGGGUGAUAUUGCGGAUCCAAAAUCUAUCCAGUAUCGCGCUGAGUCUCCCGAUGAGACUGCUCUUGUGGUGGCGGCCCAGCAGUUUGGAUAUGUUUUCUACAAGAAGACCCCGACUACUCUAUAUGUGAGGGAGAUAACUGGAACCAAAGGAGAAACUGCUGAUAAUGCUUAUGAGCUUCUAAAUGUGCUGGAGUUCAGCAGCGCCAGGAAACGCAUGUCGGUGAUCGUGCGCCUUCCAGGAGGUAACAUCGUGCUUCUAUCGAAAGGUGCUGAUUCCGUGAUGCUCGACCGUUUGGAUCGCCAUGACGAAGAACAUAUAUCCAUAACACUGGACCACUUGCGAACUUAUGCCGAGGUCGGUCUUAGGACGCUGGUGUUUGCCUACAAAGAACUCAAGCCAGUAGAGUAUGAGCAGUGGCUGGAGAAGUUCACUACUGCUCAAAAUGUGAUCGGGAAAAACCGGGAGGAGAUUCUGGAAGAAGUACAGGACGAGAUAGAAAGAGGAUUGAAACUCCUCGGUGGAACAGGUGUCGAAGACAAGCUACAGGAAGGUGUCCCCAAGUGUAUCGAACGCCUUGCUCAGGCAGGAAUCAAAAUAUGGGUUCUAACGGGAGACAAGAUGGAGACCGCUAUUAACAUUGGCUACGCAUGCAGUUUACUGCGACCCGGCAUGGAUAAACUCAUCGUAAGCCUGGGAGGAUCGUCAGUGCAGGUUCUUGACGAGAAGCUGUCGCAUGGAGGAUUGUCCCCGGACGAUAGAGCGAGAAGAAGAAAAGAUGAGCUGCAAACUUUGGUUCGUCAGCAACUCGACGACGGCCUGAGAGCCUUCGAGAGCAACAUUGAGCUGGAUGAACUUCCACGCGGGAGCUCGUCAAGUCGUCAUGAAGGAGGGUCUGGCAGGUUUGCUAAUAUCCUUCAAAGAGACAGCGGAGGUGUCUCAAGCUUUCGAUCCUUUGGAAGCCAGAACCUACAGAGAACGAUGUCGAGAGAUAGAAGCAGCUACACAAAGAUGGACGACGCUGUGAAUGAUGCCUAUGCACUUGUUAUCGAUGGUGAUUCACUGGCAGUCAUACUGACGGGAGAUUUGCAGAACUCAUUCAUGGAGCUAGCUACAAAAUGCUCCUCGGUUAUUUGUUGUAGAGUUUCACCCAAGCAGAAGGCAUUCGUGGCGAAGCUGGUAAUGAAGGGAUUGGGUAAAGACAAGCUUUGCCUGGCUAUAGGCGACGGGGCAAACGACGUGGGAAUGAUCCAGGUUGCCAACGUUGGUGUAGGGAUUAUUGGCGUCGAAGGUGCUCAGGCUGCUAUGGCUGCCGAUUUUACCAUCGCAAAGUUCCGAUUUUUGGAGAGACUACUCCUUGUACAUGGUCAUUGGUGUUAUAGACGUAUUUCGGUCAUGAUUCGCUACUUUUUGUUCAAAGUCUGCCUUAUAGGCUGGAUUUCUGUCUACUCGAAUAUUUUCACGGUGUUUUCGGGCAAUCCUCUCUACGACGACUGGUACGCAUCCUUCUACAGCACGGUGUUCACCGCACUUCCUGUUGGAGCGGUGGGAACGACAGACCAGGACGUUUCCGCCGAGGACUGCAUAAGAUACCCGCAGCUUUACCGAGCAGGCCAGAGGCAGCAGUACUUCAACACGAAGCUGGUGUUUCUAUCUAUCAUCCACUCGGUCUACGCAUCGCUCGUCAUCUUCUUCUUCCCGGUGGCACUCUACUUGGUCUCGGCGUUCCGAUCAAACGGGCAGCCAGCCGCGCUCCAGGACUUCGGAGCGGCACUCUUCACCGGACUGGUCCUGGUACCCAAUCUCCAGCUCUUCACUUACGUACACUACUUCACCUGGAUCCACCACUUCCUGAUCUGGGGCAGCAUUCUCGUCUGGUUUCUCUUCCUCAUCAUCUACGGUUCGCUAUCGCCAGAGCUAUCGACCGGGGCUUUCAUGGAGUUUGUGGAAGUCUUGGCACCGUCCCCGAGCUACUGGCUGCUACAACUCUUGGUGGUGGUGGUGGCGAUCUUUCCAGAUGUGAUCGUCCGGAGCUUCCAGUGGCUGCUCAGGCCAGCGGACUACCAGAUCGUGCUGGGCUUGGCGAAGUUUAAGAGUCAGACUACCACUACCACGCCGGCUCCAACACCGGCCUAGAGACGAUUUUUACUUUGCCUGUGAUGGAUCGAUGUUCUUAUCGUUUCCUGUGGUCGUGAUGUUUUUCCAGGGGAAGUUUUCCUAUGGUCUUUAAAAACUCGAGCUUAAAAUGUGAAUUUGAAAGUUAAUUUUAAAAUUUGAA